UCUAAGGUCUAACCCGCCGAUCUGGGAAUACAUCUUGUGCUUUUCCGUCACUGGCCUCGAUUCGGAUCUCUGUGCGCACGACGGCGGCCAGUGCCAGUUCCAGUGCCCGCGCCAGCGCGCGCGCGGCGGCCAUGAAGCAGCAGCCCGGCACCUCGACCCUCUUCGCGCUGCUCUCCCUCUUGCUGCUCCUCCUGCGCUUGCUCCUCCGCCUCCGCCUCGCCGCCUUCCGCGACGCCGCGCUCUCGCUCCACCUCAUCGCGCGCCUCCGCCUCCGCCCCGUCCUCCUCCGCCUCCCGGGCCACGGCGCCACCGCCGUCCUCCGCGUCUGGUGCCCGUCCUCCCCGUCCUCCAAGCCGCCGCUGCUGCUCCUCCACGGCUUCGGCGGCGACGCCAAGUGGACGUGGGCGCGCAACCUCCCACGCCUCGCCCGCCACUUCCACGUCUACGCGCCGGACCUCGUCUUCUUCGGCGCCCACUCCCGCUCCGCCUCGCCGCUACGCUCCGUCGCCUUCCAGGCCCGCUGCGCCGCCGACGCCAUGCGUCUCCUCGGCGUCCCACGCUACGACGUCGUCGGGAUUAGCUACGGCGGCUUUGUCGCGUACCGAAUGGCCGCCGUCGAGGCCAGGGACGCCGUCGACAGGGUCGUGGUCAUGACCAGCGGCGUCGCGGCCACGCCCGGGGAGAUGAGGGAGAUGGCGGCGAGGGAGGAAACAACCGUCGAGGAGGCGCUGCUGCCGGAGACCGCCGAAGGACUGCGCUUCCUUGUGCGCCGGUCCAUGCACCGCCCUCCGACAUGGAUGCCGGACUUCGUGCUUGACGACUUCAUCCAGCUCAUGUGCGUGGAUCAAAGAAAGGAGAGGGCAGAGUUGCUACAGGAAUUGCUGAAGAACGGAGCUGGGAUCGAUCCUCUCCCGGUUCUUACCCAGGAAACACUAAUCAUCUGGGGAGACAAAGACCAGGUGUUCCCCGUUGAUCUUGGCCACAGACUGCAAAGGCAUCUGGGAGAGAGAUCCAGGUUAGAGAUAGUCAAGGAUGCAGGGCACGCGCUGCAGCUGGAGGGAGCCGACCAAGUGAACCGGUUCAUCAAGUCGUUCCUCCUAGAUGAACGAAACGGGCCGGGUGUUGGCAUAGCCCAGAAGUAAGGCUCGCUCACGAGUUCUUCCAAAGCAAACAAAUACGAAUCCGGACAAUAUGUAACUGUAAUUAUAAAAACAGAAGAGCAACUAUUUGUAAUUAUAAAUACGAAUCCGGACAAAAUAAGAGCUUUUGUAGCUGAAAUUCAGAGAGCUCUUUCUGUCUGGUGCCCUGAUGCUCACAGACCGUCUCUGUUUCUUCUUCUGGCUCUAAGUGCAAGACGUGUCACUAAACUGGCUUAUUUUCCUUGUAAAGUUCUUUUAUGAACCA